GGAGCUGGCGGGAAAGUUGGUACAUUCCGUCGUGUGAGGUUGAUAUGUCAACAAUGUUAUUUGCGCGUUUGGAGUUGUGAUUUUUGAAGGAUUACAAUCUACAUUACCAGUGGGCCCUUUCUACAUACAUUGAUCACAACAACCCAACAUGGUGCAAAUCGUCGUCUCAAGUGCUCCAGGUGAUGGUCCUGCGGAGUGGCUGCUCUUAGAGCUGCAAGGGGAGAUGGUCUCUCGUCACAACACCGGGCUGGCAGGCAGCAUCAUGGGAGACCUGCACUAUACCAAGGAGGGCGUCCCCAUUUUGAUAGUGGGUCACCACAUCCUGUACGGCAAACAGGUGAAGCUGGACAAGCCCCUCGCCGUGCUCCUGAAGCACUCCGGCCUGGCCUCCUCCCAGGACGCCAUGGAGACCGAACAGGACACGACGCCCACGUCCACCCCGACACCAACGCCGACCCCAGCGGCCACCGCCACCUCAUACUCAGUCACCGCCCUCAUCAAGAAGAAGCUGAUCUUUAAGACCCGGCCCAAGCCCAUCAUCACCAAUGUGCCCAAGAAGGUGUAGCAUAGGGGAUCGUAGAUACAGUCGGCAUGUCUGACCCGUCUAGCCAAGCUGUCUAUUUUCCCCUCUGUAUACUCCGCCCGCUGGGUGGACCAGACGUACCAACUGGCAGUGAUUGGCACCGUAUGACCAAAGGGGAAAAUGGGGAGCGGGACAGACGUGCCGACUGCAUCGAUUGAGAUGGAGAGAGACUGAAGCAAAAAGCUUGACAAACAGGGAUCGGUGGAUUGAAUGAUGGAUCAAAUGACUGUGAAUAGCCAUUGGGUCAAUCGCUUCCACUGCCCAACAAGGGAACGAGAGAUUGGUUGAGGAUGAAAUGGAGAUCAAGGCUUGCCAAAUAAGUCUUGGAAAACGCAUUGACUGUGUCUUUGACAUUUACGCUGGCGGAAUAUUGCUGGAUUCUUCUUCAUUGACACCUUUUGAGGCACUUGACUGUGAUAUUCAGUGGCCUGAACAAGAACAUGGAAAUGAAAGACAUGACCAUGAGUUAUUUUGGUAAUGUUUUUUUUGUUUUGUUUUUUAAGCAAGAAAAAUGUCUCAAGGCAUUUGAAUUCAGAUAAUAUUUAUUGUUCUUAAAAACAAUACUUUACAGAUAUCAUAAUGUCUGCAAAAAUAAACACAGUUUGACUUAAAAUUGA